UAUACUUUCUCAAAUUAGGGUUUUGACUGUCCUAUAAGUUAGGUUUUUCUCUUUCUCUCUCCAAAUCUAAAAUUCGUAUCCUCUGCGACUGUCUUUUAUCUGUGUAUACUUUGCGAGCAACAAAAAAUGGGACACUCCAACGUGUGGAACUCUCACCCAAAGAACUACGGUCCCGGUUCACGCACCUGUCGUGUGUGUGGGAACCCACAUGGAUUGAUUCGGAAGUAUGGUAUCAUGUGUUGCAGACAGUGCUUCCGUAGUAAUGCCAAGGAAAUUGGCUUCAUUAAGUACCGUUAAAUAAUUCAAAUCUUCUUGCAACUUCAAGUUCGAGAUCCUAGGAGAUUGAUGUUUUGUCCAAAGGAUGAUCGUAUCAGGAAUUUCAAAUUCAGUUGAUCCUUGAAGAGAUAUUUUUUGUUUUAAGUUGACCUAAUGCUAAAAGCUGAAUUAUUUGUUUGAUUUUGAUUCAAUGGAAUCACUGAAUUGAAGUUAAUUCAUGUUCUCUUUGUUUUCUCCAACUUCUUCAUAGCUUUCCUUAAGUUUUCUUAUAUUGUUGUUGCAACUUGAAACCGAGUCAUGUAAAGGUCAGUUGCCCAUUGGAAAUUUUCCCUUAAUAUUACGAUUCUGGUUUGAUUUAUGUGCUA